AUGGCGGCGGGCGGCAGCGACGACGAGAGCAUCGCCGAUGGAUCCUCGUUCGAGAUUAAGAUAAAGACGCUCGAUAACCGCACCUUCGAUGUCGCCGUGCAUCCUGAGAUGCUCGUCUCCACCCUCAAGGAACGCAUUGCACCGCUGCUGGGCGUGCCGGCGGGCAGGCAGCGGCUGGUGUUCCGCGGGAAGGUGCUCAAAGACGACAGCACCGUCGCGUCCUACGGUACGCCGCACCAUCCCUCCCUCCUUCCCCCCUGCGUCUUACGGUAUGCGCCUUCUCUCCCUCCUUCCCCCCGCGUCCUACGUACGCGCCUUCACUCCCCCCUCUUCCCUGUGGCCUACGACGGCAUGCCGGGGGCAGCCACGCUACACAUGGGGUCAGUCAACAUUCACACGGACGGCUCCCCAAUCAUGCCGGACCUCAACCAGAUCGUGACUGGCGUUCUGAGCUCCAUUGGUCUCAACCCCUUGGCAGGCAACACCAGCGCCACCAUCAACGUGACCCAGCCAGGCGGCAUACCGGGUGGGGCGGCAGGGGGAGGAUCGGCAGGAGCAGCAGCAGGGAGAGGAGGUGCUGGAGGAGGGGCGGCAGGGGGAGGAGGGGCGGCAGGAGGAACAGGAGGAGGGGUAGGAGGGGGAGCGGAAGGAGCGGGAGGGAGAGGAGGAGGGGAUGAUGCAGGGAGGGCACACGGAGGGCCGGAGUUUCAGAUUCAUGUUGACACUGCGGCAGGGCUGGACUCACUGGCGACCAUCGACGCGUACCUCUCUCGCCUCCACAACUCGCUGCUGCCUGCCGCCUCCUCUGGUGCGCCGCAGGCAGAGAGGGAGCAAGCUCGCCGCCAGGCCCUCGCCCCGCUGCCGCGACUAGCUGCCAACAUUCGCCGCCUCGAAAGCAUCCUCCGCGGCUCCGCCUCGUCCCAGCUGCUGCAGAUGGGCCCUCUGCUGCUCGAGCUGGGCCGGCUGUGCCACUCCGUGCAAAUGGGCGAUACCGUGGGAGAGGCGAGGCUGCAGGCGUCUCAGCCGGUGUUCAUCAACCAGUUCGGCCCCAACCCCGUCAUCACUCAGGUGGGUGGGGCUCACAGGUCAACGCAGGUGGGGCUCAGAGGGGAGGAGGGGGAGGACGUGGGGCAGCGGCUGCUGCAGGCCAUGGGGCCUCUGCUGCAGCGCCUCUCUGCUGCCAUGCAGAGCCGCCAGGGGCAACAGGGGGAGCAGGGGCAACAGCAGCAGCAGCGGCAGCAGCAGCGGCAGCAGCAGCAGCAGCAGCAAGGGCAGCAGCAGCAAGGGGGGACGGGAGGAGGUGAAGCAGAGCAGGCGCAAGGGGCGGGUGGGGCAGCGGAGAAGGAAGGCGAUGCGAUGGAGUGUGACGGGAAGGAGGAGGGUGGCACGGAGGGGGGGGAUGAGAGAGGGGAGGUCCCCGCUUGGAGCCCGCCUCCCCCUCCUCCUGCUGCACCGCCCCCUGCCUCUCCCCCACCUUCCUUCCCACCUGGAGCGCUACGCACAUUUGCCCAGGUGGAUUCUCAGGUGAAAGCACAUGGAUGCCAUGACAGCGGCAGCAACUGCAGGAGCGAUAUUAGUGGUGGGCGCAGCAGUGGUGGAAGCAGCAGUAACAGCACAGAGCCGCACGUUGGGCAUGACGAGAGGGGGCCACUCCCUGCUUACAGCCGUCCUCCUCCCCCCCCAAGCGCCCGCCCGUCACCCUCUCCCCCUGCUCCUGGCAAGAAGGCCGCAUCAUCAGAUGCACAGCCAGCGGCAAAUUCAAGUGCCACCCAGUCUGCCACUCCCCCAUCCGGCCCUUCGGCCCCGCUGGGUCUGGGGGGAGGACUUGGCGUCACUCCCAAGCCAAAGAGCAGCAAGCCCACUGGUGCAGGGGGCGGGGGAGGGGGAAGGGGAGGGGGAGGCACAGGGUCCGGUGCACUGGGGCUUGGAUUGGGGAUGGGACUACCAGGCAUGGGCGGAGGGGGAGAGGGAGGGGGAAGGGGAGGAGGGGGGGAAAGGAGGCAAGCGCAGGGGAGAGGGGGUAGUGGGCGGGGGGCGAGUGGCGGAGCCCCUGACCUAGGCGGCAUGUUUGAGGUGCUGGGGUCCCUGGGGAUGGGCGGGGGGGCCAUGGGCGCAGGUGGCAUGGGGGGAGCGGGGCUAGGUCCGUUUGGGGGGAUUGGGGCGCUGGGGGGGCUGCCAGGGAUGCAAGGGGGCGCGCCUGCAGGCCUGGGCGGGCUGGGCUUGGCGCCAGGAGGAGGAGCAGCACGAGCAGGGGCAGCAGGGCGAGGGGCAGCAGGGCGAGGGGCAGCAGGGCGAGGGGCGUCCGAGGCGAAUCCGCUGGGCGGCAUGAUGCAGCAGGCCCUGGCUGACCCCGCGCUGUCCCAGCUCAUGCACGCCUUUGCUGCUGGCGCUGGCGCCAUGGGGGGCUCUGGGGGGGCGCUGGGGGGAGGGGUGAGACGGGCAGGCGCAGGGACAGGUGGGGGGGGCGGGGGAGGCGGGGAGCUUGACCUGGGCGCGCUGCUGGGGGGAUUGGGGGGGAUCGGGGGGAUGGGGGGUAUGGGGGGGAUGAGUGGUGGUGCGGGCAGUGUUGGGGGGCAGCAAGGGGGGAUGGGUGGUGGUGGGCUUGACUUGGGGGCGCUGUUGGGAGGGUGGGGUGGACCGGGAGGGGGAAUCAUGGGUGGGGGUAUGGGUGGGGGCAUGGGAGGGGGCAUGGGUGUGGAGGGAGAGGAGUUGGAUUUCGGGCAGAUGAUGGCUGACGUCAUGCCCAUGGUGUCACAGAUGCUGGGCGGCAUGGGCCUGGGCGGCACAGGCGGCGGCUUGGGUGCUGGCAUGGGUAGUGGGCGGAGGAGCACCGGGGGUGGCAGGCGAGUGGAGGAAGUAGAGGACGAGUGGAAGAACUCUCUCUCUCAGGAGGAAGCGGAAGAGUGGGCGGCAAUCAUGGAAGAGGACGAGAAGCGCCAGAGGGACAUGCCACGUCAGCGCCCCUUCAGCGAUGCGUACUGGCGUGGGCAGCGUGGCAAGCCACCCCACCAUCGCACCGACACGGCAGCACAGCUGUUGCAAACCGGCGCUCCUCCUUCUGCGGUGCUGGCUGCGGCCGUUAAGGCUGCUUCCACUGCCGCUGCUGCUGAGGGGGGAAGAGAGGAGGGGCGGCGGGGGGCUGGGAUGCGGGGAGCAGUGGAGAGGAAGGAGAGGCAGGAGCGCAUGAGACUCGCUGCUGAGGCUGUAGCGGCAGACGAGGCGGUUGUGGAGGCUUACACUGCUCUGCUGGCGCGGGACCUACAGGCUCGCCUCUCCUCCGACCCGGAUGCCCAGGGUCGGUUGAGCUUGCAGCAAGUCGUGACGCCGGACAAACAGUCAGGCGAGGUGGCGUCUGCUUCAAAUCCCCCCAGCUGA